AUAAGCAUGAACAACCAGCAUGAUGACUCGGUAUUUACUGUUGAUAGUACAGCAAAUUUAGUUCCUGUUAAAUCACGAGAUUCUUAUUUUAGAAAAAGAAGAGGAAGUAACAGGUCUGGAUUUAUUAUGUUUGCCUUUUCUCUGUUAAUUAUCGGUUUGCUCGCGGGUCUAAUCGCUAUCGGAAUUCUCUAUUUACAUGUCAAGCGCAGCCUUACGUUAUGCGAUUCUGAAGAAUGUAUUCGUAUAGCGGCCAGUUUUAAAGAAUCUAUGGACACUUCUAUAGACCCAUGCGAGGAUUUUUAUCAAUACACUUGUGGAAGGUGGUCAGAAAAUCAUCCGACUUCUCAGCCGACUAUGUUGAAUUCUUGGUUUCAUGAGAAAGCUGAGAAAAUCAAGUGGAAGAUCAGAGAUUUGUUGAUCAAAAACUUUACAGAGUCUCAGGUACCAUGGGCUGUUGCACAGGCUAAAUUACUAUAUAAUAGUUGUCUUGACAAAGUUGCUCUAGACGCUCUUGAACUUACACCUCUAUUUAAUUUACUGGAGGAUUUAGGUCUGUCGCAGAUACCAGCGGCUCUGAGUCAAAAGACCGGGGAUUUUAUAAAAAUAGUUGCUCGAGCGAGAAAAAUACUUGGGGAGGAGAUUUUUAUUGGAUUCGAUGUGAUUCCUGACCCGCGAAACGGUAGCAGAAAGAUUAUUUUACUUGACGUGCCAAGUAUGAUGGGUUCAUUGCCGUUGAAUGAUGUUAUUAAAAAUCGUUUAAAAAGUGUAAGAGCAGGGAAAGCUAAACGAAAUGAGGGUUCUAGUUCUGAUCAAAACAGCUCAGAUAAUAGAGAAAAAUCUUACGCCAUUGCUGUAAUUAAAGAAUUAAUAAUUAAUGGUACACAUGAUUCAUGUGAUUCGGAAAAUAGAAUAUCUCCAGAGCAAGAUAAAGUAAUAAAAAAAGUUGUCGAUACUAUUUUUAACUUGGAUGAUUUACUUAAUGUUAUGUAUGGUGUGGAAGAUAACGAAACGUUAUCAGAAGAGGACAUCAAAGAUGGUAACUAUAUGUUAGUAGAUGAUCUUCAAAGUAUAACGGAUGAUUUCGUAAAGUCAGAAAACAGUUCAUUGGAGCCAAUAAUUAUUUGGCGACCUUAUUUGGAAGAAUUAUUCAAAGGAGUAAAAGACUUGGACCUUGAUAACCGAGACAAAGUACUCGUCGUUAAUAUUGAUUACUUUAAAGAUUUAGCAUUUUUGCUUAACACCGUUGAAGAAGAAAUUUUAGAGACAAUUAUAUGGUGGAUCGUCGUAGAUCUGGUAGUACCAUAUUCUUCAAAUAAUCUCAGACAUAUUUGGUAUGAUUACAUUGACAAACUGGUAGAUGUUGAAGUUUCUUAUGAUGCUCCGUCAUUACAUUGUGCUGGAGUUGUCAAUGAUAUGAUGGGAAUGGCUGUGUCAUGGCUGUUUGUCGAUCGUGAAUUUCACAACGUAACUGCACCGAAUGUAAUUGAAAUGCUUGAGCACAUAAGAUCGGCAUUUCGUGACAUUGUCAUGAGAACAAACUGGAUUGAUAAAAAAACUCAAUUUGGGAUUUUAGAAAAGUCUAAUGAAAUGGCUUAUGUUAUUGGUUAUCCCGAGUGGCUUUUUCAAGACAAUCAUCUCAAUAAAUAUUAUCAAGGGAUAGAUUUAAAAAAAGACCAAUACUUGAAAAAUAUUUUAUCAAUCACCCAUCUAAUGACCGAAACAGAAUUAAAAUCUCUACAUCUAAUAAAUCAUACUCACGAUAACCACUGGGAGCUGGACCCAACCGACAUAAACGCAGUCUACACUUUUAUGACGAAUCAUAUAACUUUACCUGCGGCUAUUUUACAAUUUCCUUUCUACAAACUCGGUUUGGAGGCGUUGAAUUAUGGAGCGAUUGGGACUAUUCUUGGACAUGAAUUGACGCACGGUUUUGACAACGACGGGCGACACUAUGACGGCCAAGGAAAUUUACGUCAGUGGUGGAGUAAUGAGACUAUAUUCCAAUAUGCUGGUAAAACUGACUGCUUUGUCAAACAUUACGAGAAAUACUAUGAAAAAGAUAUCGAUCAACACGUUGACGGUGUGUUAACUUUAAACGAGAAUAUUGCUGACAACGGAGGUCUUCAUGAAGCAGUGCUCGCUUACCGAAGAUGGAAAACCAGACACGGUCAAGAGCCUUACUUACCCGGGUUCAGUUAUCUGUCGCACGAACAAUUACUGUUUCUCGGAUUUGCUCAUUUAUGGUGUGAAGAUUAUUCUCCAAAGUCCUUGAAAUGGAUGUUACGAGAUUCACAUUCUCCAGGACAUGUAAGAUUAAAAGCUGUUUUAAAAAAUUCAAAAGAGUUUAGUGACGCUUGGAAGUGUCCUAUCGGCUCACCAAUGAAUCCACCUGAGAAAUGUCGACUGUGGUGACUGAUGAGGAAUGUGAACAGCUUACCAGCUGUGAGUUUAUUUUUUUAUUGAAAAAUUAUUGU